UGUCUUUUAAAAAUACAAACACUCAACCUCCAGCCUUCAAACAAGCCCAAGCUCCACAUGGCUGCUUCUGCCUCUUCACCCCCUCUCUACGCAUGGCACCAACUUCUGCACUCUUCUUCUCUCUCUCCGCUUGCUCUCUCAUCCAACCAAACAGCUCUCCUGUCCUCCAUCACCACCGCCCCAAUCUCCCGCCACUUUCCUCACUGAUUCUCCGCCGACCCAUCUCAGCCUCCAAGCCCCUCGCCAUGGCCGAGCACACUUCGAGCAACCCAGCCGCCCCGUCUCACAAGCACUCCAAUCGCCUCGCCGCCGAGCACAGCCCCUACCUUCUGCAACACGCCCACAACCCGGUGGAUUGGUAUCCGUGGGGAGAAGAAGCUUUCGCCGAAGCUCGAAAGAGGGACGUUCCCGUCUUCUUAUCAAUCGGAUACAGCGGUGUCAUUGGUGAGAUUUCUUGUUCGAUUUUUGGGAAGUUUGAUUUUAAUAUUCUAGUGAAUGAGGACUAAUUAGUUUGUGUGGGACUGUCAAUAAGGUGUCAUGUUAUCGUUAUGGAGGUUGACUCUUUCGAGGAUGAAGACGUUGUGAAAUUGCUGAAUGAUUGGUUUGUUCCCUCAUUUCCGAAUUGGUUAGUUACAUUAAGUUUCGGGAAAAAAAUUUGAACAGGGUUUUCUUUGCCUUGCAAUGCAUGGCAAGAGGGGGCGUCAUUUUGCAUGAAAAAAUAUAUUUUGAAGAAUACGAGUUUGAUAGUUUCUUGUUAUGGUAAGAGAACUAAAACAAACAUAAGCAAAAAAUUAAAAAUGAAAAAUAAAAAAGAAAAAAUUGAAA